CUUCCUACUUCCCUCCCCCACAACGGCGAUGUCGACACCUCUACCCAUCCGUAUAUAUCGGCCAUUGCAUCGGCAAUGUGCACGCCAAAGGCCGUUCAGCCGCAAAUUCUCCGCGACGAGCGUGCGGCCGGCUCGAGGCGUGACACCGAAGAGCAAGCGCGUGGAUCCGGUGCUGAGCCAAGUGGGAAUGGAGCACGUACCAGGAAAGUCCUUGCAAUCGCUGCAAGAGGAACAGCUCGGUGACGAGCACAAUCUGCCUGAUGACAUCGGCUUGCUUCCUGGAACCCUCGUCCGCGCGCCGCAUUCAAAAUUUAUCGGUUUCUUGUCCUUGAAAGACCUCUGGUACGAAUGGAAGUGGUUGUCGUCGAAGAUAGCAUCGGCCGUCGCACUGUUCCGCUUCAAGAGGUCGAUAUCGACGAAUCCGAAAAUCUUUUGGGGGUGGUGGCAGCAUAAAUAUUUGGAAAACACGGCCGAGGAAAAGUACAAGCAUCUUUAUCGGUCGUUUGCAAAGGGCGACGCCGAGGCCAUCUCCGAAAUGUGCCUCUCCGGCGUGGCCAAGCAAUUCCACGACCGCCUCGCCGCCCGUCCUCGAGACCUAAAGAUGGACUGGACUGCUGAUGAGCUCAACGCCCGCGUAGUUUCGAACCGUGCGCAACCGCUCUCUCUCUCUAGUUACGAGAACGCUGGCAUCCACCAGAUCGUUUUUCGUGUCAAGAGCAAACAGACACUCAAGAUAACCGGGAAGCUCGGGGGCAGCCGGAAUCGCAUUGCACCAUACACCCCAAGGAGCGGAGACGUAGUGGAGUAUCUUGUUUUGCAGAGGCAAUUCAUCAAUGGCCAGGCAAAACACCAGGACUGGAUGGUAUGGGGGUUUGCAAACGAGUCAACGCUGGCGCAGAUCAAGGAAGACGAAGAAUACGAAAGGAGAGUGAACGCUUUCAAUGCCGGACAUGCAGGAAACUAAAUAAAGGGCAGCAACACGAGAAAGCAGUUCUUAAGGAUGGUAUUGUACGAUUCGGUCUUAUGAUUGGCCUGUGUAAACCAGCUUGUAUGAAUUCUUAGCAGUUCGUUCUCCGGGCUAAUUGACGUCGGCGGAGG